AUGGCCCUGCGCUACCCCAUGGCCAUGGCCUCAACAAAGCCACAAGGUGAAGAAGAACAUCAGGGAACCAAGGCACAGCCGGCCUUGGGGCACCUCACCAAGCUCACCAACUUCGCGAGGGAUGCGAUCCAGGAGGUGCAGGGCUUCGCUCCCCAAGCGCAGCGCGCCCUGGAGUCGCUCAGUGUCCACAGACACGUGCGCACUCUAGUUCAUCAAGAAGAGGGUGGGCGCGCACAUCUGGGCCACGAGAAAGCGGGAGGAGCUGGCAAUAUCCUGGCCGCCAUGAGGAAGGCAGUCGCCAAGGAAGAUUUAUGA